AUGGACCACUCUGGAUUCAUUUUCUGGAUUGUAGAUGGUCAAGGAUGUAUUAGUAUGUUUUUAUGGAGUGAAAUGGAAGAAUGCCUGCAAUUUAUGGGAAAUAACAUAGUGGAAGGUUUCAAGAAAUACUUUGAAGGUCCGGAAAACAUGCCUGUCUGGGAGGAUGGGGCUUGGGUGCCGAAAAAAGAACUCAUUUAUCUUGGAAAGAAAAG